AUGACAAUCGUCGAAAAAAACACCAUCACCAUUGAUGGCGUGACCCAGGGUAGCCAGACCGGCAUCCAAGUCAUUGUAGUCGGUGCUGGUAUCGGUGGUCUUAUGACAGCAUUGGAGUGCUGGAGAAAAGGACAUAAAGUUAUCGUUCUCGAAAAGGCCGAGGAGCUAUCCGUCAUGGGGGACGUUAUUGUCAUUGGGCCAUCUGCUUGGGUUACGAUUGACAAAUAUCCAAGUAUGGCGGACGACUAUGAAAAAUUGAAACAUGACGUUCUCUUCAGCUUCAAAAGUCAGCAGGGCGAGCUUCUGCUUGGGCCGCAGGAGAUUGAAUGGAACUGGCCCGGGGUGGCGCAACACGCCAGCCAUCCUCGAAGAAUUGCAGGCAUAACAAGCAGACGAGAUAUCGCCGAAAUGUUAUACAACCAAGUGCGGAGACUUGGUAUCGAAGCGAAGUUCAGCACUCAUAUUGUACAGUUUGCAGAGAACAACGAUGAAGGAGUUGCGAUUGCCAGGAGCUCAGAUGGGCAUGAGUUCAUUGGAGAUGUUGUCGUCGCUGCUGAUGGAUUAGGUACCAAAUCUCAUGCCGUCGUGCUCGGCCAGGAAGUCAAGGCUAUAGCGAGCGGAUACGUCUGUGUGAGGGGUUCUUUUCCAACUGCAGCUGUUCAAGGCGUGGCUUCAGUUCAAGCUUUGCUCCCGAAAGCUGGAGAGCGGCCUAAGAUACUUGCUUAUACUGGAGUCGGAACGCAUCUCAUCCUUACUUUGACGCAUAAAACAAUCUGCGUUGCGCUCACAUCUGAAGACGAUGGAACAGCCGAAGAAUCGUGGUCAAAAACGAUCUCUGGUUCAACGAUAGCCAAUCGUCUGUCGACGGCUGACUGGGACCCUGCAGUUGUCGAUUGCUUCAAGAACGCACCUGAUGGUCACAUUGUGUCUUGGAAACUGUGUUGGCGUGACCCCCAGCCCAAGUGGACCUCCGCUGGAUCACGGAUCAUCCAGCUAGGCGAUAGCGCCCACAGCUUCCUACCCACAUCUGCCAAUGGCGGUACAAUGGCUGCUGAGGACGCCUUAUCUCUUGCAGAAUGUCUGAGGAUUUCAGGUAAAUCCAAGGUGCCUUUGGCCACAAAGGUUCAUGAAGCACUGCGCUAUCAGCGCGUUUCUCUGGUUCAAAAAACGGGAUUCGUCAACCGACGGGAAAUGCAUCGCGACAUGAAAACAAUAACUCAGGAUGGAAACAGGCCAAUGCUGCAAGGCAAAUGGAUAUGGACGCACAACCCUGAGCUAUACGCGACCAAUAACUAUGAAGCUGCAAAGUCUGCCAUUGAAGCUGGUGGCCAAUUCAAAAACACCAACCUUCCGCCAGGUCAUAUAUGGGAACCGUGGACGAUGAGCCAGGAGUUGGAAAAGGAGGCCUCUGGUGUUUUUGUUCAAGACCUCAAAACCAAUGGGGAUUGGGGAGUUCUUGCAUAA